UGCCAAGUCUGAAGACAGACAGACGUCACUCAGUCAGGCGCCAGCAGCUGCACAGUCACAAGGACCUUAACCAUGUCACCUAUUCUCGGAUAUUGGAAGAUCCGUGGGCUGGCUCAGCCUAUCCGGCUCCUGCUGGCCUACACAGAGACGGAGUUUGAGGAUAAGACCUUCACUACAGGUCCGGCCCCAGACUAUGUGGCCAAGUCUGACUGGCUGCCCCUCAAGUAUAACCUCAACCUUGACUUUCCUAACUUGCCGUACUAGAGGAAGCAUCAGGAUCACGCAAAGUAACGCCAUCUUGCGUUACAUCGCUCGUCAACACAACAUGUGCGGGAAGACAGAGGAGGAGAGAGUGAGAGUCGACAUGUUAGAGAACCAGGCGAUGGAUAUGCGUGAAGCCUUUGCUGAAGUGGCUUAUCACACUUAUCAUUUACCGCUUCAGGACACGAAGAAGGAAGAAUACCUGACAGACAAGCUACCAUCCACUCUCAACAAGUUAAGUGACUUCCUGGGUGACAGACUCUGGUUCGCUGGAGACCAAAUCACCUUCCCAGACUUUGUGAUAUAUGAGCUCUUGUUUGUCAACCUCCAGAUGGACAGCUCUUGUCUCGCCAACACUCCUAACUUAUGCCAAUUCUUUAAAAGAUUUGAGGAACUGCCGACCAUCAAACGGUACAUGGCUUCCUCUAGGUACAUAAAUCCGCCUAUAAAUGGCCCCAUGGCAAAGUUUGGCGGGAAAUAAAUGGCUAGUUACAUAAAGACGCCUCUAAAUAGCCCCAUGGCAAAGUUUGGCAGGAAAUAAAUGGCUUCCUCUAUAAUUUUUUUAUAGUUAUAUGAAUACGCCUAUAAAUAACCACAUGGUAAAGUUUGGUGGGAAAUAUAUUAAUCCUUGAAAUUUAGAUUACAAGAUAUGAUUAAAUAGUCAGUUAUGCAAGAAACUACAUGGUGUCUCAGACAAAUGUAUACACGGCCCCUUACAGAUUUAGUGGAGGCGUGAAUGCGUGUGGCCUACUAUAAAAGUAACAAUGUCCUCACUUGUGGGAGACCUUGCAUAGUGUUAAUCUUGUUGUUAUAUUUCAUUACAACGCUUCAACAACUAAGAUCUCUAAGCAUUAUAUUUAAGCUUCUAAUUACAUGACUUCCAUCAAUAAUUGCCCUCGCCAUAAAACGAUCUCCAUGAAAUAGGUAAGGCUAUAUACAUUUUUUUUCUGAGACACCCUGUAUUUCUUUUUAAUGUGACCAAAUUGUAAUGAUUUGAAAUAAUAAACAUGUAUAAAUAAAA